UCGCGACGUUCAGUUCUUUUUGUUUGUCCGAAGCGUUUGCUAGUUUUUCGCGCUUGUCGAGGAGGAAAAAGGGGGCGGAAAAUAAGUUUAAUUAAAUAUUUCGAGUGCCCCGACUAACGCGGUAAUUAAGUGAAUGUGCAAGACGUGAGUGUAAUCGUAAAUACAUACUCGUCGUACGAUAAAAAAAGCUUUUUGGAAGCGUCCUGUGAUGGAGAAACGUGUGAGAGAUUGUGCAAAAAAUCAAUUCAAAAUGUAAGGCGAAUCCUCGGUGGAUUUCCCAGCUGAAGAAACGCAACCAAAGAAGCUGCCAGUCCUCAAAACGGCACUCUGCCGACACUCAGCCUCAAAGUUCCUCACAACCUCAUACCAGUGAACUCAAAAACUAAAGCCAAAUGACUGCCAACAGUCUGCUAGGAAGGUCCUUACUCAAUGAAGGACGCUCGAACAAGCGAUCGUUUGUGUCCCUGAUUGUGGGACUGGUCGUGGGAUUCUGCCUGGCCGAGCUGUUCGUGUACUCCUCCACGCCGGAACGCAGCGAAUUCAUGCCGUACGAUGGACACCGGCACGGUGAUGUCAACGACGCCCAUCACAGCCACGACAUGAUGGAGAUGUCGGGGCCGGAGCAGGAUGUCGGGGGCCACGAGCACGUCCACGAGAACUCGACCAUUGCGGAGAAACUGUACAGCGAGGUGCGAGUGCUCUGCUGGAUCAUGACCAAUCCGAGCAAUCACCAGAAGAAGGCGCGCCACGUGAAGCGGACCUGGGGCAAGCGCUGCAACAAGCUGAUCUUCAUGAGCUCGGCCAAGGAUGACGAGCUAGAUGCGGUGGCCCUGCCCGUGGGCGAGGGUCGCAACAACCUGUGGGGCAAGACGAAGGAGGCCUACAAGUAUAUCUACGAGCACCAUAUCAACGACGCCGAUUGGUUCCUGAAGGCCGACGACGACACCUACACGAUAGUGGAGAACAUGCGCUACAUGCUGUAUCCGUACAACCCGGAAACUCCCGUCUACUUUGGCUGCAAGUUCAAGCCGUACGUGAAACAGGGCUACAUGUCCGGCGGUGCCGGAUACGUCCUCAGCCGGGAGGCAGUGCGUCGCUUUGUGGUCGAAGCCCUGCCCAAUCCGAAGCUGUGCAAGGCGGAUAACACGGGUGCGGAAGACGUCGAGAUUGGCAAGUGCCUACAGAAUGUCAAGGUCCUGGCGGGCGACUCCCGGGACUCCAACGGACGGGGCCGCUUCUUUCCAUUCGUUCCGGAGCACCAUCUGAUCCCGGCGCACACGGACAAGAAGUUCUGGUACUGGCAGUACAUCUUCUACAAGACCGAUGAGGGCCUGGACUGCUGCUCGGACAACGCCAUUUCCUUCCACUACGUCUCCCCCAAUCAAAUGUAUGUGCUGGACUAUCUAAUCUACCAUCUGAGGCCCUACGGCAUUAUAAACACGCCGGAUGCAUUGCCCAAUAAAUUGGGCGUGGGCGAACUGAUGCCCGUGCCUAAGGAGCAGCAAACGGAGAGCUCGAGUGAUGGGGUCUCUAAGAGAUCCGUCGAGGCAAAGACGCAAUAAUAGAGACAUUUGGAUACACUCUUAAUGUAUAUAGAUAGCAUUUGUAUAUAUUUAUAGAUAAUUGUGUAUUCCCACAUAAUGUAUCACUAUAAGCCAUUCUAGCAUUGCCAUUACUAUUUUUAUAAACAUAAAUCUAAUUUAAGUCGUCGGUCCUUUGAUUUAUUUGCAUUUCCUCAAUGUCCCCGAAAGGUUUCGUUUGGGCUCUAUUGCAGAGCUCGUUCCUUUUGUAAAAAUACCAAACCUAGGUAUAAUUUAGAUCUGUUACUAUAGUUUGUAAUUAAAUCUAGGUUGUACAAUUACAAAAAUCAUCACUAAUAGGGCGCAUUCACUAUUCUACUCUAGUUUUCCAUCGUUGAGUUAGCCACAUGCAUAUUUAUAAGUCGCCUAAGUAAUUCCUAUACAUAUGUAGCUAUAAAUAGAUAUAUCUCUUUUGUGAUUGAGAUUAUUACGUAUUAUAGAUAUUAAUCUUCUACAAGUUUAAAAAUGUAUUAAAUAAAAUGCAAAUGUAUUACAGAAGAA